UUUUCUAUAAACACACACACAAACACACAAUGGAUGCUAAGUGUUUUCUCUUUUUGUAUAUAUUGUUGUCUAUUUUCCUUCUCUCAGCUGCUUUCACACCCCAAGAUAACUACCUUGUCAACUGUGGAUCAAGCAAAAGCAGUGUAGUUGUUGACAACAGAUGCUUUGUUGGGGAUUCAUCAAAGAACUCCUCAGCUUAUCUAACACAAGGUAAAUCAAUUGUUCUUGAAAAUCCAAACCAUUCUUCCACUUCUUCUGUUCUUCACACUUCAGCUAGAGUUUUCACUUCUGCUUCAAGCUAUGCAUUUAACAUCAAGAGCAUGGGCACCCAUUUGGUACGUCUGCAUUUUUCUCCAUUCACUUAUGGAAAUUAUGACCUCAGAGAUGGUAAUUUUAGUGUUCUUGCAAAUGGGGUUUCUCUGUUGAGCAAUUUUGGUGCUGAAUUUACUGUUACUAAAGAGUUCUUGUUGAUGGUAUAUAGAGUGGAGCUUGAGAUUUUGUUCUUGCCCACUAGCGAUUCCAGUUUUGCUUUUGUGAAUGCAAUUGAAGUGUUUUCUGCACCCAAAGAUUUCUUUGUAGAUGAUGGUGGGAUAGCAUUGAUUAGCCCUCAUGGGAUCCAAGAAUUUAAGCAGAAUAUUUCAUCCCAAAUCUUGGAAACUGUUCAUAGGGUUAAUGUUGGAGGGCCAAGAUUAACCCCUUUCAAUGACACCCUUUGGAGAAGUUGGGUUCCUGAUGAAGAGUUUCUUGUCUUGAAAUCUGCUGCUAAAAUUGCUAUUACUACUAAUCCACCAAUUUACCAACUAGGUGGGGCUACUAAGGAGCAUGCCCCUGAUAAUGUGUAUAUGACUGCUCAGCAGAUGAAUAUAGUUAACGGGAGUUGGACAUUGUUCAAUAUAACAUGGGAUUUCCCGAUCCCAUCUGAGGAUGCUGUGCAUUUCGUCCGGUUGCAUUUUUGUGACAUUGUUAGUGUUGCACUUAACACAUUGUACUUCAAUGUAUACAUUAAUGGGCUGACUGCAUACAAAGAUGUCGAUUUGUCUGCGCUUUCGUUCCAUGAGCUUGCAUCCCCUUAUUACAUCGAUUUUGUUGUGAGAACUGUGAGAGAUUGCGGCGUUCUGAGGAUUAGUGUGGGUCCUUCUGAACUUAAUCCUUUCAGGAAAAAUGCCAUUCUAAAUGGGGUGGAGAUCAUGAGAAUGGUGAACUUUGUGGAUCCACCAAGGAGGGCUAAUAAGAAAAGCGUUUGGAUUUUGGUGGUUUCGGUUGUUGGAGGUUUCUUCGCUUUGAUAUUUCUGGUGAUUUUAGCUGUGUUCAAAUGCAGGAAGAGCAAAAGAAAACGACGACGUGGUGAAAGUGCUGCUUGGACCUCUCAUGGGGCAAUAUAUGAAGGAAACGCCCUUGCUUCUCCCGGCCCAUAUGGCUACUUUGAUUUGAACAUCCCCUUUGCUGAUAUUCAGUCAGCUACGAGUAACUUCGACAAGAAUCUGGUAGUAGGGACCGGUGGUUUUGGCAUGGUCUACAAAGGGAUCCUUAGAGACAACACUAAGGUUGCUGUGAAAAGAUGCAUGCCUGGUUCCAGGCAAGGACUCCCAGAAUUCCAAACUGAGAUCACCGUCCUUCCAAGAAUUCGCCACCGCCAUCUCGUUUCACUUGUUGGUUACUGCAAAGAGCAAUCUGAAAUGAUCGUUUAUGAGUACGUCGAAAAGGGUCCGUUGAGACACCAUUUGUACGGUUCAAGUGUCCCACCUUUGUCUUGGAAACAAAGGCUUGAAAUCUGCAUCGGUGCAGCUAGAGGUCUUCACUACCUUCACACAGGCUCAGCUCAAGGGAUCAUCCACCGUGACGUCAAAUCAACCAACAUUUUGCUCGACGGAAACUAUGUCGCUAAGGUUGCCGAUUUUGGUCUCUCAAAGUCCGGUCCCUGUCUCAACGAGUCCCACGUUAGCACUGGUGUGAAAGGCAGCUUCGGCUACCUGGAUCCUGAAUACUUUCGCAGACAGCAACUUACUGAUAAAUCAGAUGUAUACUCAUUUGGGGUUGUGCUACUUGAAGUUCUCUGUGCUAGACCUGUUGUUGAUCCAUUGCUUGUGGGGGAGCAAGUAAACUUAGCGGAGUGGGUGAUGGAAUGGCAAAAGAAAGGGAUGAUCAACAAAAUCGUGGAUCGUCGUCUCAUUGGCCAGAUAAAACCAAGUUCCUUGAAGAAAUUCUUUGAGACAGCUCAGAAAUGUGUGGCUGAAUGUGGUGUUGAUAGGCCGACAAUGGGAGAUGUGUUGUGGAACCUGGAACAUGCAUACCAGCUUCAGACGAAUCAACGGCAAAACACAACAGAUGUUACUGCAGAUGACGUAGCAGCUACUAGGAUUGUUCCUGAGGUUCCACCGAGACAUGGUGGCGUAGAUUCAAAUGACGACAGUGGUAAUUCAGACACACAUCGACCAGAUGAGUUUUCACAAAGUUGAUAAAUAGUGAUGGUAGAUAGAUUAUUACACAAUU